AUGGGCACCCAGAGAGAAUGGGACUUCGGUGCAAUCAUCCGGGCCUCUGCCCGCACAAACCUACAUGCUAAAUUCCCCUGCUCCUCCGACCUUUCCGAUGACUCGGAGGUUAGCAGUUCCCUCAGGCUGGAAAACAUCUUCCCCGUAAAAAAGGCCAAUAGCAUGGCUAUGAUUGAAUUCCUCAUCCUGAGAUUCUCGGAGGUCUGGGAGCUGCAGCUGGUCCAGGCCACUCUGUUCCUCCUGGCUACCCGGCACCUGUCCAUCCUUGACCUCUGCUACAUCUAUGUCACCACCCCCAAAUCCAUCCUCAACUCCCUGACCGACAACCGCUCCAUCUCGUUUCUGGGCUGUGCUUUCCAAGUGUUUGCGUUCAUACUGUGUUCCUGUGCAGAGACACCCCUGCUCACAGCGAUGUCCUUUGACCAUUUUGCAGCCAUCUGCCACCCCCUGCACUAUGAGGUUAUCAUGGACGAUGGGACCUGGGUAAAAAUGGCGGCCGCCUCAUGGUUCUUUGGUACACUGAGCACCAUGGCGCACACUGUUGCCACCUUCUCCGCCCUCAUCUGGUGGUCUAACGACCUCCCUCGGUUCUUCUGUGAUAUCCCUCAGCUCAUCAGACUCACGGGAUCUGAUAGAAAUCUCCAGGAAUUUAUGGCCAAAACUUCCUCCGCCGGCCUCACCUUUGGUUAUUUCCUUGCCAUCGUCGUCACGUACAUGUGCAUUUUCUGGGCCGUGCUGAAGAUGCUGACUGCUGAGGUCCAGGCCAAAGCCUUCUCCACCUGCCUGCCCUACUUCACCGUUAUGACUUUGUUCAUCAUGAACAGGCCUUUCCCCACCUCAAGCCCGUGA